AUACUUGUGUUCAAUUGCUGAGAUUCAUUUGUGACGAGUGUAAAGUGAAAAAAGCUUUUUUUUUUUUAUCCUUUUCAUUGACUAUGACAGAAGAACAACCUGCUGACUAUGACUCAAAGCAGUACGAAGCCAUAAUAGCAUCAUGGCAACAGGACUCUACAGCCUAUCUUAAUCGUUACUAUGAUCUUUACUAUAAACAGUCUAACGACACCUUAGCCACCAGUGUUUAUGUUCGUCAGUCACCCAACAAGAUCUGUGUUCUCGGCAUAACUCAACCUCCUGCCUUUGAUAGUAUUCAUUUACGCGUUGAAUUGAUUGGUGAGAAAGUAAAGACAGAUACAGUCUUGUGUGAACUCAGUAAAGAAGGACAAAUCGUUGGCCAAGUGAGGGCUGAAAUGGAAGGCAAAUUACUCGAAUUGAAUCAACGCUACAACACAGAAGAUCCCCAAUCUUUAAUGAGAGAUCAUAUGGAUAUUGGGUUCAUUGCCAUCAUUAUGCCAAAGACAGAAGACUCUGCUGUACAACUGAAAGAAUUUGAAAAGAAAACAAGCAUCCAAAAAUAGAUAAAAUCAUGUGUAUAUAAUAACAAUAAAAAUCCCCUUCUCUCUUUU